AUGGUCGAAGGAGGCGUCACCAUCGUCAAAUAUCUACUUUUUCUUGCUAAUCUAGUGUUAUGGGUCGGCGGACUGUCUUUGAUCAUUAUCGGAUCGAUUUUACAACUGAAAUUUGAUAAUGUGUUAGAUAUAUUAGGUGAUGAACGGUUAGCCACGCCCAUAAUCCUUCUGGUGAUCGGUUCGCUGUGUACUCUUCUCGGAUUUCUCGGAUGUUGUGGAGCAAUUCGAGAGAACUACUGUCUUACUGUAUCGUUUGCAGUUCUGUUGGCACUUCUCAUCACCUGUGAAAUCGCCGCCGUCAUCAUCGGAUACGCGCUUCACGACAGUUUUCGACUUGGUAUUUCUAAUCAACUUCAGACGGGUAUGAUCCGAUAUCACGAGAGUCGAGGAGUCGAAAGUGCAUGGGACAAAACGCAUCAGUUAUUCGAAUGCUGCGGAGUGACAAACUCAUCCGAUUGGCUCACUUUCACAACGAUUCCCGAUUCGUGUUGCAUCGAAGAAAUGGAGGGAUGUGCCAGAGAGAGUGCUCCACUUUUUGAGCCCGGAUGCAUUCAUAGUGUCGAACAGUGGGUGCUGAAAAACGGUGCAAUGGUCGGUGGAAUUUGUGCAGUGUUGGCAGCCAUCCAAUUGGUCGGAGUCUGUUUCGCUUGUUGUCUUUCAAAAUCAAUUCUCAAGGACUUCCACGAUUUUUAUUAUUAG